CGCCCCCCCUCCCGGCUGCCGAAGGGGACGGAGGCUGGGCCGUCGGCCGCGGAGCGACCCGUGGAGAGAGCGUAGACCCAGCCCUGCAUCGGAAGAGGGAGACGGUUUCUCCGAGUCAUGGCUUCGGCGGGGGAGAGAGAGUCCUCUUUCACCUCGAUAUGGCGAGGACCCCCAACUUUCUUCCUCCGGUAGGACGACGCCCCUCGUCGUGGGCGGACGCUCUGCCCCAGCGCCGGUGCGUUUGUCAGCAGGAGGAGAGCCUCUCCCGGGAUCGGAGAGGGCGAUUCUGAACUUAUUUUUAAGGAGGAGUGAGAGAAAUACCCGCUAAACAAGACCUCCCCCUACCCCAGUCUGGUCAGCGCCCCCCAGAUGAAGAGCGACCAUCAACUUGCCGAAAAGGUGAACCGUUUGAUGUAAAAGACUUGACUCCAUAAUCUACAUCUGCCCUAAUGCUGUCAUCCGGAGUAGAGACUCAGCCAGUUCCACUUGAUUCCUCCAUGUCUGCCGUGGUACAGGAAUUAUACUCUGAACUCCCAGUAAGUGUCUCCAAAGAGCUUCAUGCUGACCCCGAGCCAAGUGGGAUUCCAGAUGUAAAACUUAGAGCCUCAAGCUCUCUUUUAAGUCAGAGUAGGGCAGUGCCCUUGGAGCUGCAGAGGACUCAUGCGGAAAGUUGUUGUGAAGAAACCUCUGAGACCUUGGAUCAUGGGGGUGAGCCUGGGCGGUGUGGGCUGGUGGACUCCACAGCAGGAGGCUCUGUGGCUUCUGGGAUCUUGACUAGGGAAGAGAAAGCCAAGAGCAUGGAGCUAAAGGUCUUCAGAAAUCAAGGGGACCAGGAGAAAAUUGUAAGACACCCCUGUGAGGGCACAAAGGAAGACCCACAUCAACAUUCCACAGCUGCUGAAGAAAAGAUCAGCCCAAGUCAGGAGGGCCUCCUGAUGCAGUCUAGCAAAGAACUUCCAUGCACAAACCUCCCUGAAGAUUGUCUGAGGAGCAAAGAGGAGGAAGUUGAGGCUCUGAGAGAAGGAAAUGUACAGAUUACAACUGAAACUCUGCUAAAAUCUACUGAAGAAGUGCAAGGUAUGAAGGUCAAUGGGACUAACACGGAUAAUAAUGAAGGACAUGAGAAUGGCAAUGUGAGUAAAGGUCUCUCAGCUGGAUGCAGCAACUACCCAGAAGUAGACAAACUCAUGACCAGUGGUAAGGUUUCAGAAACCAGUACAUUAGUAUCCCUAGAGCCUUUAACCUUUGUGGACCCUGGAUUAACAGACGCAACUCCUACAGAGAAAGAAUGUGAAGAAUUAAAAACUUGUCCUUCUUGGUUGUCAUUACCAGGGAGCAGUUCCAUUUCCAAAGUGGACAAUGAGAAAGAAGAAUUGUGUAAAUUAAACCCUGUCUAUGAAGCAGAUGACAAUCACCAACAGAUUUUUGGCCAUCAUUUUGAAAAAUACAGUUCUGCAUGUGGCAGCCCCAAAGGCACAAGAAGUAUAGUUAUUACAGAUCCCACUGAAGAAAAUUCUGAAGCUUCGUAUUUUACUUCAAAUUUGUCUGGUCCCAAAUCCAGAACAGUAUCUUCAGAAAAAUGUAGUUUUGAAGAUGAUGCUUUGCUGAAGGACUCUGCUGAAAAGACAGACAAUUCCUGUUUUGAAGGGGAUGAUCAAAGCAAGAAAUUGACUUUUCAAGAAGAAAAUACAGGACAGAUUUUUAACCCCAAGAGUGAAAGAGGGGAACUGUUUCUUGUUAAUGCCAAGCUACCAGAAGUGGAUGCUAAUGGCCCUUGUUCUGGUGAAAAGGAGACUGUUAACAUCCCCAAAAUUACAGACAAGUCUAGUUUUUUAACCCCCAAUUCUCUUACCAAAGCCACGGAAAUAAUGUCUGAAAAAAAAGAUUCAAAAAUAGCGUUAGAUGUUCAAAGUAACUUUGCAAACCAUGAGGACCAUAGAGAAACCCUUACUAACAUGAGCCAUUCAGGCAGACGCCCUGAAAGGAGCAGUUUUUCCUCUGUGAUGCAGAUUGAAGAGCCAGGACAGACAACCACUAUGGAGCCAAAUAUAGUAGCUGAUAAGAUAUACAGUAAAGACUCUAACUCUUUUGUCAGCACCCAGAAAAAUCUGGAAGGCAACAUCCAAUUAAAUGAAGCACCAUAUAAUACAUUUCUGACCGAAAGAAAAUCCCCUAUGAUAAUGCCAGGGGACCAGAUAAGUCCUAUAAAUAAGGUAUCAAAACCCAAGAAAGAUCUUGCUCAGUUCCCACCAUCCCUAGAAUUUGAUUACAGACCUGAUUCAAAACAAAAGGUACAGACUUCACAGGAUGAUAUUCCACAUUUAGAUGAGCAGAGCCAGAGCAUUGCCUCUGAGAUGAAUGAACUUCCCUGUACCAAUGAACUGGUUUUAAACAAAAUAAAAAAUAAAUGUGUUUUAAAUCAAGUGUCCCUUAAUACUGAAGACCAGGUAAAGUUGCCAGCUGACAAAGAGAUGCCUUUAGCAACAAGCGAGGAUUCCCAACAGAACCAUCAUCCUCCAUUAAAGGAUGGAGCAGAUGUCAUUGCUGAUACCCAAACCAUUCCUAUGAAGACAAAAAUGAAAGACAAUUCUCUACCAGGUAACAGUACAUGUGGUACUUCUUCAAACAAUCCCACCUUAAAUAUCAAACCAGAAAAUCUCAAAAGAACAAACAAAAUGACUGAUGUAGCAGCAGAUGAUCUACAUUCCAGUCUGCUUUCAAAUAAGAAAGAAGCAGCUGACUUUCCUCAAACGAUCUCUGUCAUGGAAUGUCAAAGUGUUCAAUCUCACAAUCUCUCUAGCUGUCAUUGUAUAAGAAGAAAUACACCAGAAGAGAGCAUGUGUUCUGCUUGCACAGCUAUUGAGUCCAGCAACAUCAUCACAGAAGCUGAAAACUCUAUGCUAACCAAGUGUAAAAAUGCAUUUCACUGUAGUGGUCACCACUCCGUGGAAAGUAGCAGCCAUAAAAUAAGUAAUACAGCAGAGGAAAGUGAACCUGAUGGAAAUGAAACUAAAGUCACUCUUCUAGAAGAUAAGAUCAGAGAUGAGACAUCAGCAUGCAUGUUAAAUAGUGAAGCUUCAAACAAGAUGAUUCACACCACUAGUAACCACCAACCCAGUGAGGAAGGGCUAGAACGGAAGGGACAGAAUAUACCCAGAGAAACUGUGUUUUGUAAGUGUAGCACCUCUGACACUGCCGUACAAGAACUAAACCAAUCUGCAAACAUUCCAAGUCCUAAGAAAUUGUUGGACCAGUCUCCUACUAUUAUGUUCUCCAGUUUUAAAUACACGAACCAAGCAGUUGAAACUCUUGAUGAGAAGACUAACAAAGUCCUUGACUACCAGAGUAACCAAAACAGACCAGAUAAAUGCAGAAAUGAAGGCAAACCUGCUAAAAAAAUACUAGGUAGUGACCAGAGAGGGAUCGUCACAGAACCUAACAGAAAUCUAAGCCACAACCAAGAGACUCUGCUAGUCUGUUCAGGGAAUCACAACUCAUUAUCCUGUGGUAGUUCAAAGAGAGGCACCUUUCAAAGUGAGGAGUCCACAGAUGGUCUGGUAGGCAUUGUUUGCACAGACCGUAGCAGUAAGCCUGCAGAUACUAUGCUGGAUGUAGUGGCCUGUAGUGCACUUGAUGGUGGUCCAAGGCAAGAUCAACUGCCAUCACGUGAAACCUCAAGGAGUGCCCUGUCUCACCUAGGAGGACUGAAUGCAGCAUGUAUAGCAGUGGUUGAUCAGGAUUCAGAUUUCCCAGAUGCUACUUCCUCUACACUGGAAUCUCUUGGAAUAAAAAAAUCGUGUGAAGAAAAAGUAUGCAAGUCAUUAAAAGACUGUGAAAUGGAAGUGUGUCCAGGAUCUUGCGCUCAUGAGAUAAAGUCUGUUGUGGAUCAUGAACCAAAUAUAAGAACACUGGAUAGAAUAGAUGUUUCUUUAAGUGAUAUUCAUCAUGAUCAGCAAGUUGAAGAACCAUCUCUGAAAGAAACACAAGGAGUGAUUGAAGAAUCAAAACCAGAAAUAAAUUCUGAAUUUGACAAGGAAAAUACCUUUGAAAUUUCCUCAAAAGAGUUGAUACCUUCUAGAUGCCAAGAUGAGAACUCUGUUCCCCUAGGCAGCUUGGCAUUCAGUAGAAAAAUACCUUUGUAUCUCUCUUCUCAAGAAAAUUCAGAAACUGACCUACAGAAUCUUUUAAAACCAAAAGAUGGUGAAGGCCUUUUUGAAAAUGUAAAGGACUGCAUAGUCCUCCCUGAGAUGAAGGAAGGAACACCAAGGAAUGUUGUUAAUCCCAGUGACGGAAAUAGAAUAAAGGUCAGUAUGAAAAAUUUGCCUUUAACCGUGGAAACAGAGACUAAAGUGAAAGAAGAAACUGAAAAAUGUCAGGGGGGACCACUGGGUCACUUAACCGUUGGGGAGGAAUCUGAGGACAUGAUUACCAGAGAAAAUGAUCAUGGUGAUGGUGCAAAUGAGAUGUCUCAGACCCACUUUAAGUCUCAGAAGGUGCUUGAUGAUACCAAACAACAACAAAGCCAGAGGGUUUUGGACUGUGAGUUGCUGAAGGAAGAGGAAUUUAUACAGCAAAAGGGAGCACAUGUGAUAUUGAAACAAUGCACAUCAUCUAAUGGGUUGCCAGAUGAGGUACAAAAUAAGGAUUGCUCAGAUGAAUCCACCAUGAUGAAAGAAGUCACCUUCGUAAAGCUGGCCGAGAACAACAUCACUGCACAGUUUCAGAAAUUGAAAGACCCAAAGGAGGAAACCGUAGGUCAUCCAUUUAAAAAGGACAGUAAGUUGUGCCCAGGUCCUUGCCUUCAUGGUGCCUCCCAGAAAGCACAAGACCCUAGCUCUGCUGCAUGUGAUACGAUACACGGUGCCUUUGGGAACACUUCACAUCGGAAAGGAGUGCUUCCCUUAAAGAAGCAGCCCCAUCGAACCUGUAAGAAAGUUUCCUGUCAGGAGCAAGUCAGAGUGGGGAGAAAAAUAAGUAAAAUAAGAAGUUCUGCCUUUUUAAAGAGUUCCUCUGAAACCAUCCCCACAAAAGCACACAGAUUUCUCAGUUCACAUUCUGUGUCUGCACCUACACGACUGGAACCCGAAACAGUACCUAGCAGGAGCUUAAUUAGCCACAUACCAAAGCAGAAGUCUGCUCCAUGCCAUCCCUUGAGGAGCCUGAAUGUCAGGAAGCUUACCAAAGAAUCAGCCUUACUAAACAAGCUCUCCAUUCUUGCCUCCAAACUGGCCCCAGGCACAAAGACCCAGAAACUUAGAUACCGGCGGUGUUCCUCUGAACUUCUUCCAGUGGCUAAAAGCUACAAGCGGCUCAGAUAUAAAAGGCUCCUAGAUGGAUUUUCUUACAAUACGAUGCAGCUGAACCCAUAUUUGGCAGCUAGUGGAUGGGAUAAGCAUCCUAAUAGUAAGCCCUGGACACUUUAUUCACUCGACACCAUCAAAAUGAGCUUCAUAGAUUUGAGCAACAAGAUGCCAUCAUUCCUGUUUGGUUCUGAAAUCUUCCCAGUAUCCUUUCAUGUGAAAUCAGGCUCUGAGUGCAUGCCUGAGUCCACAAGGACUUUUCCUGAGCACUGUGCUCCAGCAAGGCUCGCCUUAAGAGAGGCCCCCCUGUGCCCAUCUCAGCCUCCCAAGUGGGCUUUCUCUUUCUUCUUGUCCCACGUUUGCCCUGGGACAGCCACAUUCAGGGAAGACACUGGCCUUCAUAGUCAGGCAUGUGCCGAGGCUCCACCAGAACCUCCACUGCCUCUUCAAGACUAUGGAGGCACCACCAUAGUCCAGACCAGAGCAGGCUGUUCUGUCCUUGGCCUUCACACACUUCUAGCACUUUGUUCUCCUGGAUGCUACAGAAUCUGGACAAAAAAACGGAGCUUCUCUAGCCACAAGCCUACCAUGCAGAGGCUCUUCAUGACCCAGUUUACACAGGGCUUGAAAGGGUUAAGGUCUCCAGCCUCUAUUGCAGACAAGGUCUUCUGCUCUCUGCCCUAUUCGGUGGGCCGAGUACUGUCCAUUUGGAGCCAGCAUGGGCCUUCUGCCUACCCCAUCGAAAUCUCUGCGCUUCAUUCCGCUCACAGCAAGCAGAAGCCAACUCUGGGCACCACAAGCAGCCACAUCAUGUUACCAUAUGUGCCUCUUCCAGGCGUGGAAGCUACUUACAACACUGAUAGUCAGAUGAGGCUAGAGCCUCCAUUUCCUGCCUUGGUACCAAAGUCUUGCUUGGUAACAGAUUCAGCUGUCAGCAAGCUCCUGCUUUCAGCCUCUGAGUUCCAGGUUCCUGAAUUUGAUGAGCUCGAUGGCGUGACAGCAGCAUGUCCCCGAACACAGAGCAGCCCUCCAAAGCAGAAAGAGGUUGAGCCAGAGAAGAGGCCAAAGAAAGUCUCACAGAUUCGCAUCCGGAAAACCAUUCCUAAACCAGACCCUAAUCUUACCCCCAUGGGCCUUCCUCGACCAAAAAGGUUGAAGAAAAAGGAGUUUAGUUUAGAAGAAAUAUAUACCAACAAGAAUUAUAAGUCUCCUCCUGCAAACAGGUGUUUAGAGACCAUCUUUGAGGAACCUAAGGAGCGAAAUGGUACACUGAUUUCAAUCAGCCAACAAAAGAGAAAACGAGUUCUAGAAUUUCAAGAUUUUACAGUCCCACGAAAGAGGAGGGCUCGAGGUAAGGUCAAGGUGGCAGGCAGCUUUACCAGGGCCCAGAAGGCAGCGCUGCAGAGUCGAGAACUGGAUGCUCUUUUGAUACAGAAACUAAUGGAACUGGAGACCUUCUUUGCCAAGGAAGAAGAGCAGGAGUGAUCAUCUGGUUACAAAGAAACAGUUUGGUUUGGGGGGGUCUCAAUUUUAGUUUUUCUGGUCCUCUUUGGAAGAGGUUGCCUAGUUUUACCCCACCACCCAAGUCACUCAAAUUAUAGUCCAUGGAUUUUUACCUAUUUCAAGGUGCAACCUUUUAAGGAACUGGUAAAGGAGGGUCUUCUUCUGCUGAGUAUAGAACCUCAGGAAUGCUCCCUUUCUCCUGGAAAUGGUCCUGAAUGACAUCUGGCCACCUCCUCCCACUUUGCCAUCCACAGGAGGAAGAUGCAGCAUACCUUCAGUAACACUAGGAUUCCAAGGACUCACAGCAUUUGCACGUCCCUGUGAAAGUUCCGCGUUGUUUACGGUGGUGCUAGACCAAGAUUAUUUAGAUAGAGACGUGGCCUAGGGAAGGGGACCUGGCGUCCUGUCCUGUGGUGUUUUCUAAUCCUUCGUGAGUCUGCCCAGAACUGGUUGUGUGUGUGCGUGUGUAUGUGUGUGUGUGUGUGUGUGUCUUCUUCCCAUCAUUUCCUCCCCUUUGUGACUGUGGGUCACUAGUGCCAGAGGAGCCCAUCCAGGCCCCAUUCGAAGUAAGUUGCACUUUUUAAUGUUGUGAUGUUGAUUAUUUUCAUUUGUUUUAUUUCUUUUUUUUUUUUUUUUUUUUUGUAUUACUGCUGCAUGUUUGGAGCCUUUAAAUGUGAUUUUAAAACAAUUUUUUUUUUUUUAAGAUAUCAAGGAGAAAGAUAAUAUCUGUCUUAAGAAUAUAUGAUAGGCAUUUGACCCGGUUUAUCGGUGCAUGGUAUGGGACAAUGAAAGAGACAUUCUCCCAUUCACAUGAUUCAGUCUCCUUCCCAUCUCCAACUUUUAGUGUAAUGCCAUAGAGGGAGCACUUUUUCUACCUGGGUUCUCAUUUUUGCUCACUAAGUACAUGUGUUUGUUGUAAUGACAGAUGUAAGAGCAGUUUGCUCUCCCAAUCAUUUAAAAAAUAUAUAAAGGUUGGGUAAGGUCUUAAUGGAUUUUAUCUGAAAUGGUGGUCAAUUACUAAAUUGGUUACAACAGCUCGAGUAAUUAUAAAGUCCAGCCCAGGGUGCUGCAGCUGUCAGAGUGACCUGCUCUGUGAGUGGAGAGAGGACACGCCUUGGUUGAAACCCAGUGAGGCAUUCUUGUGGUGGAUCAUGAAAUAUCCACGGCCAGCCUUCUCUAAGGGCACCGAGUUGUACUCUGGGCUCCUGUGUCGAAUCUGCUGGAAACUUUGUAGAAUGCCGGAGUUAGCUGAGUUUCUUCAUUUAUCCCUACAGGAGUUUGUGGGCAGAAGGAUGCCGUGUGGGCCAGCAGGCCCAGAGGUUUCAUUCCUUUCCCACUUAACCCCUGUGUGUUCUCGCCUGCUUCCCCUCCUCUCCUUCCCUAUGUUUUAUCUUUCUCUCUCUCUCGAAACAAGAGUUCAGAGAAUUAACAUUCCUUGGCUGGUGAGUAGAAUACUAAACCCAGCUUCAGGACAUGGCCACCUCCUCCCAGCCUCCUAGGAGCCACUGCUGUGAAGCAGCCACCGAUGGGAACUGUCAAAGCUCCAGAGACAUUUUCAAGUCAUUCUGUUAGAGAAGAGUGAGUGGUGCUGUCCUGGAAUGUGUCUCCUUGGUUCUUUUGUUUCCCCAUUUGUUAGUGGGUGGGAAGAUGGGGUGGGGUGGGGAGUCUCUAUGUGCCUUUCCUUUGCAGGUUGACAGUCUAUGCCACACUGGAGCAGAAACAUUGACAUGAGCAAGAAAAACAAAGUGCCACAUCCUAUCUUCUAGGCCCCCUGCCUCAGACAUAGCAUUUAAUCAGUGAUACACACACCUGGUCAUCUACGGAGGCUUCUAAGGCCAUGGCCAAAUAGCAUUAUAAGAGAGCCAAGUUUCCGCACUGGUUCUGAGUGACGCGAACCAGAUUCUGCUGUUCGACAUCCACUUUGCCCAGACUGUAUAGACGCGACCUGUGUUUCACCUCAAUACCUCUCCCUUCCUGGGACAGGGUCCUUAGACACUAAAUGCUUCUGUCUUUGCUUAAGGGUGUGGGAUAAGUCAUACCUUGUGUCCCUGUGUAAACAUUUUUAGGGAACUCUAGAUAGUUUGCAAACUCCUGGUGAAUCAGCAGAGCACUGUUUCUAGCUCUGUUGCCAGCAUAUAUGAGUCAGCAUUGUGGCUGCCGUGGCAUCCAAGCGGACUAAAGCUGAGAUGGGUACUGCUGUGGUAUUACCAGUAUCACGGAGAUACAAUUUCAAGUUUGCCCAUUGUGGGCAUGGUACUUGCAAUGAUGAGAAGCAGUGAAGGGAGUAUUGGUGAAAAUGGAGACCUGGGCUCCUUCCUUGUCUUGGGAACAGAGGGGCAAUCUCUGAGACCAAAUCUUCCUGUCCUUGAAAUUCUUGGCCUUCCCUCUGGCUCAUACCCUUCUCCUGCUUCCACAGUUAAGAAAGGGGCCCCCAAUGUGAACUUGAAAUUGCUUAUCUGAGGUUGAUACAUCAGGUUUUAGCUAUGCUCAGCUGCACCUGUCUUAACAUCCAUUUUCCUCGCCAUGGCCUAGCCAGCUGCAGUGCUGUCUGUGGGCCUUGAAGCCUGUGGUGCCGUCCAGGUGGGAGGUGGUAGUCAGCUGCUGCCCUGCCCCCUGCCUGGAGCUGCAGGUCUGCUUCUGGGGUGGGAGUUGGUACAAUUUCUGAGUACGGGGACUUCCCACUGCUAGAGGUGAGAAGUUGUAGUUAACUAUAACUUACUCAACUAUAACUCAAAUACAGACAUUUAGUGUUCUUAAUAUGGGAAAGAGAGGAGAAAUCUCAGGUCCAAUCAGGGUUUUGCCCAUCAGCUUUUCACUGAAACUUUUAAGAGAUUUUUUCAUCUUUCAGUUUAGAGCUGUAUUUGCACCAUUCCCCACCUUCCCUUCCCCUUUUCUUUUGGUCUCUUUCCAACUUCAUUUCUCCAUUAGUUUAAAUGUACCUCAUCAGCUAUGAAAGCAGAUUAUGUCCUUUUUUUUUUUUUUUUAACUGACCUUACUGAUAAGACCUACAGCUGAGGGAAGUGCAGUCGAAAGACAUGUAGCGUUUGCCUUAUUUGGAGCCUAAAGAGCUCAGAAACUCAUGCUGUGAAUCCCAAAACUCAGCGCUCCUCCAAGAGCUGUGAAAAUCAUGACACUUUGUCACAAUUUUGCCUGAGGGGGUCUUUCCUGCAGGCACCAGAGCUAAACUGAGGCAAAUUCCAGAUCUACUCUCUGGUCAUAGCCCUCCCCCCAUGGCUCAUUCUCUGCCUGCAGGCCAGGAGCAGCACAGAGUGUGCAGGACUGAGCAGCAGGUCCAGGGCUCUGGUGCAGCCUAAUAGAACGCAGAGCCAGCCUUCCAUAUCCAGGCUGGGAUUCCAUCUCAAUCAAUACCAUGUACGUAAAGAUCCGCGAAAGACCAACUUUUAGACAGUGAUCCUUUUCUCCCAUUGCGGGGAAGUAUGCAGUUGGUGCUUUCUUUAAUUCCCUUGUUUUGCUUUGUUUCUGUAAGCUUUUCCCCUGGUAUCAUGGAAAGGACCUCUUCAACACCACGUUGUGGGUGGCUGUAUCCAAAGUCGAAAUAAUUGACCAGCGGUGAGGAGAUCAUGCAAGGGAAGGGCUCCUCGCCACAACUGAACUUCUUAUGUAAAAAGCUGGCUCGGGAAGAAGGCUUAAUUUAAUCAAAUCAAAUCAAUGUUACUCUCUAGCUACAAAUUGAGCAGCAAAAGGCUAUCCUGAGGGUCCCCGUACAGCCCACCAUCAGACACAGCGUAGUCUCAGAUUUGAUGCUUAUUGUUUGUGUAUCUUCAUGAGCCCCUCUCUGGUGCUGAAUUGGAUUUGAAUUCUUGGUGAGAGGCCUCAGCAUCUCCUUGGGCUGGUCUGGGCCAGUAAAUAGCUGCCUGAAGUGUUUAUAUAUUAUCAUGGUCAAUAGUUCAGUGAAAUUUGUACAUUUUUUGGUAACAUUGGCAUACAUGAUGCCCCUGCAGUUCCUUUUCUGUUUGGUAGUUUGUGACUCGAAAAUUCCCACUGUUAUGUGUGUUAAUUUAUGAAAAUAAAUUUUUUUUU